AUGAGAUGUGAUCCUGUACUCUCUCAGGGGGACCUGGGUGGUACCAGGACUCUGCAGAAGAAGUGGACCACCUUCCAGAAAGCCCGUCUGGAGUGCUCCCUCCCCGAGCGUCACGUCUCCUUCAACAACCUGAGGGCGGUGUUCACAAUGCCCGGCCCGGACUGGAGGGGCACCACCUUCUACGGCAUCUUCCACGCCCAGUGGGGUGACGUGGACGUGUCGGCGGUGUGCCAGUACCAGAUCAACGAUGUGAAGAAGGUUUUUGAAGGAUCCUACAAAGAGUACAGGGAGCCGUCUCAGAGGUGGGGGCGCUACACCGGGGCGGUCCCUGCCCCACGGCCUGGAGCGGUAAG